GAAUAUGGUAUUUUAUUCUUGUGAUCCUAGUUAUUAUUUGGUAGGACCAUCCAAUCGACUUUGUCUGGAAAAUGGUGCAUGGAGCAACGCCAUUCCAACAUGUCUCCGUCUUUGUCCUGAGAUGGUUUCUCCUGCGAACGGAUACAUGGUAGGUGGUUUCCUGGCCAACAACACUCUCACUUUCAACUGUAAACCUGGUUACUGGCUCCGUGAAAAUCAUCAACUGCUAUGUGAUCCCAACACAGGAAGCUGGAGAGGUUGGAAUGGAACUAUUGUCACUGAAAACCCGCAGUGUAAAAACAUCGACGAGUGUUCGAGAGGCGCUAAUACUUGCAACAUUAAUGCCCAAUGUACCGACACAGUUGGGUCAUAUACAUGUCGGUGCAACCCAGACUUUGAAGGAGAUGGACGGUCAUGUUCAAUGACUCAGGCACAUUACCAAGAUUCGCAAGGUUGGACUCUUAUUGCUCGAUUCUCAAAUAAAGAUACAAAGAACUGGAUGAGAGACGAUGCUUCCUGGUGGUACACUCUUACAACUCCACAAGGAGACGUCAAUAAUCCAGGUGUAAACCAAGACAUGAUCUCCGCCGCCUUCUGGGUGAUGAAUGGUAACAACAUCAAGAUCACUCGCUCUGAUGAUCCUCACCACACGACCUUGCUGCAGACUACUUCAAACUGUUUUUCCACACAGACCUUCCGUUCAAUGAUCUCAAGCUAUGGCAUGUUUACGCGUAAAACGGCAUGGGCAAGCAAUCAGUGUCUCGGUAAAUGUCACGUGUCAUAUGGGGGAAACUAUCAGUCGACACAUGGCUUUUCUCAGAGUCAAUGUAUAAGUAACAUACAGAGCAGUAAUUACAUCGGGUUCUGGUGUGAUUGGAGUAAUGGUGAUGGCGCAGUGAUGAUGAUUGGUGGAGGAGGCAAGGAUUGCGCAAGGGCUGAUCAUGGCAUCGCAAUUACGGAGGCUGACGCUGCAUCAUUUGUAGAUGGUAGCGAAUGUGAUUUUGGAGAUGGUGCUGGCAGUAAAUGCGCUUCAUCCUACUCUCUUAAUUUGUGGAUUAAGUGAACACUCGACGUACCGAAUGACAGUGCAAAGAUUUACUUUAGCUCUGUCGAAAGAGGCUUUUUUACUAUUUUUACGAUCUACCUCUUCCCUUUCAACCACAAAAUGGACGAAUAAGCAUUUACAUGAAACCUCACUAAAAGUCACGUGAAAGAUGAAAUAUUCGAA